AUGAGACAUUUUAGGUUCUUUGUUCUUAAACAAUAAGAUAAGAUUUAAAAAUAUAAAUAAUAUAAUCAAAUGGAUAGACUGUUGAAUUAUAAUUAUGUGAUAUUUUAGUUUAAGAAAAUAUAAUAUACUGUAAGUAAAUUAAAUGUUAGAAAUGCAUAAGGUAUUUCAAUAAAAUGAUGGUAUUGUUUAUUAAUUUAUAACAUAAAAUAUUCUAAUUCUUAAGAGGACACUUAAAUAUUGAAGAGUAUCAUUGAGGAAAAUAGUGAUUAAAAUGGUAUUCCAUUAAUUAAAAAUAAGUAAGAUUUAGUGAUUAAUGAGGAAUAGACUAAUUAUUAUCAGAGUUUAUUAGGUUUUGUAAACUCAAAUAAAUUUUUCUCUUUUAUUCAAAGAAGUGUUAAAGAAGGUAACAGGAUUAAAUGUAGAGAAGUGAGUUAGGUAUAUAGUAACUAUUCACAGAUUUAAUUUAAAAAAUCAUUGAUAAAGGAUUAUAUGUUAAUCAACAGAAGAAUAUUAAAUAAUGUACUAUUAAAUAAUGUUCAAAGUUAAUAGAAUCUAUAAUAGAAAAAAGAUAAGUCUUGAUGUUGAAUGAAUAUUAAUAAAUAUAAUAUAUAAUUUAUAUUUUACAUUCUCUUUUUAAAAAGAUUAAAAGGAUUUUUAAAUAAUAAAAAAAAUUUGUUUUAUUAAAGAUGGUAUAUAUAGCAUUCAUUUUCUUUCUAGGUACUAGCAAAGUUCGUUGAAGUUGGAAGAGUUGUUAAAAUCAAUUAUGGUCCUUAAGAAGGCAGAUUGGCAACAAUUGUUGAAAUCCUUAAUGAUAAAAGAGUCUUAAUCGAUGGACCAACCACUGGAGUUUAGAGAUAAGUCAUUCCAAUUAGAAGAUUGACACUUACCAAAUUCAAUCUUAAAGGUGCAACAAGAGGAGCCAGAACUGGUGUCAUUACCAAGGCAAUUAAAAAAUCUGAUCCAUUUGCACAAUAUGCUCAAACUGUUGCUGCCAAGAAGGUUGCUAAGAAAGCACUUAGAGCUAAAUUAAACGAUUUUGACAGAUUCAGAGUCAUGAUUCUUAGAAAGAGAGUAAUGCUAUCAAUAAAUCAUUAUUUUAGAGAAGUGCCCUCCUAAGCACCUAACUCAAAUCUUUGAAAAAGAACACUGGUGGAAAGGCUUAAGCUUAAGCUAAAGGAGGAAAUAAGAAAAAAUGAU